AUGCCUUACAUCGACCUUGAUCUACAGAAACUCUACGGAGAGAACUUCAGCGGGUGUUUCGACCCCAACACGCGCAAUAUUCGAACGCGCCAACCUUGCGGCAGAACUCACCAUUGCAAAAAGUGUAAAGCGCCGACAAAACGCUCCUGCUAUGAGGUAGACAAGCUACACUUGGCGUUCUGCAUUGCUGUGAACCCGGAGACCGAGAUCAUGUGUGGCGAGCGGUUCUCGGUGGAUUCCCCCGGAGGCUGCUGCACCCAUCCUUACAACCAUGGGUUCAACUUGAUCUUCAAGGAGGCGGCGCGGGGUAUGGAGCUCUCUCCGGAGGCGAAGGGCAUCCUGAAAAAAGAUGCUGACGCGGAUCUCGCCGCGGAGAUGGCGACGUUGAAGAUCGAGGAGCCUAAAGAUUUCGAAUAUUACAAGGAGAAGAAGAAGCUUGAGCAGUACGAGUACAGGAUGUCAAAGCUCCCAAGGCAACCGACCAAGAUGAAGGCCAGUAAACUCCAGCCGGCUGAGAGCUUGAAGGCCUAUAAGUCGAAGGCAAAAAGGUAAAGAAGCCAAUCAAGCCCGGCAUCAUCCGUGGUAGCAAUGAUAUGAAAUUUUAGCCAAGCGCAGAAGUAACUUAGAUUAAUAGCAAAAAUUUUUGGAAAUCUAAAUUUGAGGGGAAGCAUAUGAAGUGACGUUAUAAAAUGUAAAGAGUCUGAUGUAG